AUGUCUCUACUCCGGGCAUCACGAGGACUCUUGCGUUCGAGACUGACGACCACGACUUCCAAUUUGAUGCACCAAGCCGUCGCCCCGCGGUUCUACGCCUCAUUUCCGGAACAAUCAAGAUUAUUGGGACAGUAUAGAUUCGUAAAGGAUCCAAAAACCGUCGCCGUCAAUUGUAGGCUGUCCAUUCAGUGGUGGGCAGGCGAGUCGACGGACAGCAGCAGUCCCCGUGCAGGUGUCGACCAAGGUCCAAUCCACCUCGUGGAAGCUGGAAUCAUUGACCAAAUCUCCACACUUGGCUGGAAGGUUCACUUUGAUGGUCACCACCAAUUUGAAGACAUUGCAGUCGAGCAUGAUCCUCCCCGUGGUAUCGUCAAGCGCCCACGACUUGUCUCCAAGAUUUGCGAGAGCGUAUCUCAAGCUGUCGGAAAACACAUACAGAAUGGAGCUCUACCACUGACUCUGGGCGGCGAUCACAGUUUGGCAAUGGGAACUAUUGCUGGAACUCUGAGCAAGCAUCCCAACGCUGUUGUGAUCUGGGUCGAUGCACAUGCCGAUAUCAACUCUGUCAACACAACUCCCACAGGAAAUGUUCAUGGAAUGCCUGCAGCAUUCCUCCUUGGCCUCCCCUCAACAGAGACGGUUCCAGAGUUUUCAUGGCUCACGGACAAGACUAACUCUUCAAUACCCCGUCUACAAGCCAACAGCAUCGUUUUCAUUGGCUUGCGAGACGUCGACCCUGGAGAAAAGAAGAUUCUCAAAGAGAAUGGAAUCACGGCAUUUAGUAUGCAUGAAGUAGACAAGUAUGGCAUCGGGGAGGUGAUGAACAGGGCCCUCGACGCUGUCAAUCCCUAUCGAGACAGACCUAUUCAUCUCACCUUUGACGUCGACGCACUCGAUCCAAGUGUCGCACCUAGUACUGGAACACCUGUUCGUGGAGGGCUGACAUUCAGAGAGGGUCACUAUAUCUGUGAAGCUAUUGCUGAGACUGGUCUUCUCGCUGCGUUUGACCUUGUGGAAGUGAACCCAUCCCUUACCGAUGACUUUGACGUCAAGCAGACAGUCUCGGUAGGAUGCUCGUUGGUGCGCAGUGCUUUAGGAGAGACGUUACUUUGA